GUAUUUUCAUAUUUUAGAUUAAUUAUUUCACUUUCUGCCGUUUUAUGACAACAUGAGCCAUCAUCAUUGGCUAGUUGUUCAGCCAAUCCAGUGCGAAUGCGGAAAUGACGUAGGGACGCUAAAGAUGGCGUCAGAUUUAAACGGCUCGAAGGGUUGAUAGAGUCAUCAGCGGAGCCAUGCAGACAGAACCAGCGAGGCAGCGUGACCAGGUCAGGCGGGGGGAGAGCGGGCAGAGCCAAGCGGAGCCGCAGGGGACCCAGCAGAGAGCCGAGAGGAACUCCAAGGAGGAGAAAGCAAGGCUGAAAGAGACGAUCGGCGUCCUGCAGACAGCGAGAGAGAAGCCAGCAGGAGAGCGAGCGAGAAGGAGAACUGAAGGGGAAGAUGAGGAGACAGCAGGAGGAGAGCCUGGAGGGAGGAGAGACAGGAGCCGAGGAGAUGGAGGGAGGGGGAGGGAGGCGAGGAGCAGGGGGGCGGAGUCAGAAGGAGAGGACGGGGGGAAGACGUCUGAGUGUGUGAGGAGGAGAGUUCAACGGCUGGAGAGAGAAAAGCUGGAGCUGACGUCGAGUCACAACCAGGAGAUGUGUCAGCUGCAGGCGGAGCUGACCCGGCUCAGGUCGUCUGUGGAGCGAGGAGAGGCUCAGCGGGUGGAGCUUCAGUACCAGCUGACCUUGAGUCAAAGAGACGCCGACACAGCCUCGCAGCUCAGCAGGGACAAACACACACUCACAGAGCGAGCAACUGAGCUCCACAUGAAGGUUGAGGAGCUGCAGAAAGUUUUAGAGAUCACCCGGGAGGCCAGGAAGGAGGACCAGCAUGCUUUGCAGCAGGAAGUGGAGGAGCGCAACGGACUGAUUCAGAGCUUCAACUCCGAAAACCAACGACUGCACCAACUGCUGCAGGAUCAGGAGGAGGCGCUGGAGGAGUCUGAGAGGAGACUGCUGGAGCUGCUGAAGGAGAGAGAGAAGGAGACAGAGGUCAAUAGACGACAAGAAGACCAAAUGAAACAUCUGAUGGAGAGAGAGGAGAGGAGCAGGAGGGACAGGGAGCUGGUGGAUCAGAGGGUGAAGAGUCUGGAGUUGAACAUCGAGGUGGAGCGAGCCGCUCACCUGGAGUCCAAGAUCAACUCUGAGAUCAUCCAGGUGAGAGUGCGUGACGUGGAGGUGGCGCUGACAGUGGAGCGUUCGGGCCACCAGGAGGCGCAGUCGAGCCUGGAGCUGCUGAGAGGCGAGUUCAGAGAGGUGGAGCGAGUUUACAACGUGGAGAGAGAGAGGAGGGGACGUACUGAGCGCGCUCUGGAGAGUUUGCAGGAGGAGUACGAGCGGUGCAAGUCCGACUUUAACGUUGCCAUGGAAACGGAGAGGAGAGCAAACGCUGAGCUCACAGGACGUCUGGAGGAGGAGAAGAAACGGCACACUGACACGCUCACACUUCUCGAGCAGGCGUCUCGCCGACAGUCGGACAGCGAGGAGGCGUUCCUGAACUUUGUGAAAAACAUCAGAGAAACACUCCAUCAGGAGGACAGCUCAGCAGGAAGUAGUCCUCCAGCAAAGCAUGAUGGGAACCUGAGUCCUUCUGCUGAUGUCCUGCAGCUGCUGACGACAACGCUGAGCAGCUGCAGGCGCCGACUGAAGACGACUGAGGAACAGGUCCAGGAUCUUGUCUCUUCAUCAGAGAGGUUACAGGAGGAGAAGCAGACGCUCCAUCAGCUGACCUCUGAUCAGAGUCGACAGCUGGAGGAGCUGCAGCAGACGUCCACCAAGCUGGAGCAGGAAGUGACUCGUCUGCUUCAGGAGAGCUCUGAUUGGUCCAUGCAGAGCCAAGGCCUGAAGGCGGAGCUGGAGAAAGAGAGAGAGGCGAGGGGGCGAGAGAGAGAGGAAAGGGGGCGAGAGAAGGAAAGAGAGAAAGAGGAGAGGAUGACAGAAGUCCAGAAGAUAAUGGAGCACUACCAAGAAGAGUCAAAGGCCCGGCUGUCCUUCCUCUACCAUCUCUAUCAGCGCCUUCUCGCCGGCUGCGUCCUCCUCGAUCAGCCACAGAGCAUUCUGGGUAACUUCACCUGGGAGGAGCUGUGUGAUGUCAUCAGCGAGCAUGUGGACCAGCAGAGCUCUGACCUCCGGAGGGCCGAUGACAAGAUCGCCCACCUGCAGCGAGUGUGUAAGAAGAAGGAUGUGUGUGUGCGCCAGCUGCAGCGCAGUCAGGAGUGUGUGUUGUCUCGUCUGGAGGAGAGCGUGAGGAAGAGGGAGGAGGCGUGGAGCCGCCGACACACACACACCGUCACACAGCUGCAGAACAAGCUGCAGCUGUGUCGCUCUCAGUGUGACUCUCUCCGAGACCACGCCUCCUCUCUGGAGCUCCGCCUCUCCUCUCUGACCUCUGACCUCUCUCGUAGCCGCGAGGAGUCAGCCUCCUUCCUGUCAGCCUGCGCCCUGCUGGCGGGGGCGCUCAGACACGCCCACCUCUGCCUGCACGCACUCUGCACGCAGAAACGUGUCCUGAGCAGACGUCUGGCGGAGAGGGAGGAGCUAGAGGAGGAGGUGAGGUGGCUGGCGGGCGCUUUAGGAGGAGAAGAAGACGCAGAGGAGAAGAAGAAGAGAAGAAGAAGAAGAGCUGUGGGCCGCUGGAGGAGGAGUGUGUGUGUGGUGUUGGCGGUGAGGAGGUGGUGCCAGCUGGCCAAUCAGACGACACUGUUAUUCCGGGUGGAGAGAGGAGGCGGGGCAGCUGUGGUUGUGUGUGGAGGGACGACCACGGCGACACAGGAGAGUCCAGGUGAACCAAUCACAGAUAGAGAUGGAGGUCGAGAAGCUGAGUGUGCUCGCUGGCUUCACUCUAAAACACUCUCCUCCAUCAUCCUGUCCUCCAUGAGCGACCUGCAGGGGGCGCUGACACACACUGGCUCCUCCCCUCUAGCUGUGAUGUCAGCAGCUCGUUCUGCUUUGUCCCGCCUCCUGGAUCACCUUCUUGACCAAUCAGAUUUGAGGCCUCCAGGCAGAGUGGACGAGGACGCACUGAAGAUCGACCUGGACAAGAGGACGUCUCCACAAACCAACACAAAGGGUUUAGUCUCCGCCCUCCAGCAGCACUUCCUGCUCUUCAGUCAACGGCUGCACUCUGCCGAGGUGGAGAGGCGGAGCCUGAGGUUGGAGGUGGUCAAUCUGAAGAGAGGACUGAAGCGUGAGAGAGAGGGAGCCUGCGAGACGGCUGCUGAGAUUCUUCAAACUUCUCCACCCGCCCACCUGGAAACCCCUCAACCUGUUCCCCUCCCUUAUUCGCUGAAGAAGCCUCCAGGCCAUUUAAGCACCGCCCCCUCUCUGUCAAACCCCGCCCCCUCACACCCCCCGCUCUCUAAAACCCCCAGAGCCAAAAAGAAAGAGAAGAAAGCCGUGAAGAAGAACAGAGGAGGUCCAACAUGAGCGCCCCCUUCUGGUUUUGUUUUUUCCUGAUGGAGUCACGACAUGUAGCAUCCUGGAGGUCCUGGAGUUCGGAUUUCAAGGCCUUGAAAAUCUGGAAUGAAUAUUUAUGAAGGUUUUCCA